AGGAGGUAAGAAUUAUGGAAAUAUGUCUAUUUGGAAAAUGCAAUGCAAGUCAAUUAGAAUAUGUAUGCGCUUGGCAAGAUAGAAAGGGAAAAGCAUUACCACGUUUCUAUGUAUGUAGUCUGAUUGAUUCCUCUAGGCAUAGUGCCAUGGUGUGCAAUGUGGCGUCAAUUAAACAGACGAGCAUUCAGACAACAUCCGGAUUUGGUUUAGUUUCUGAAAGUCCUAGGAUUAUACCCAUUUUUAUAGAGCAAGAAUACUUGACUACAGACUAUGUUAUAGGAUUCUUGAAAUCAUGUGCUGAUCCCAAGCAGGCAUUGGAUUUCUUCACCAAUGCAGCCCAAAAACCCGAAUUCCUGCACACAACACAGGCCUACAAUGUCAUGCUAGAAGUCCUGGGGGCAGCCAACAUGAUUGAGUCUAUGGCAAAAGUUCUAAGUCAGAUGCAGAGACUACGUUGUAAGCUUGAUUCUCAGACUUUUAAGAUAAUUUUCAGUGCCCUUAGGUUAAGACCAGUUAUCCAAAUGGCCCCUGUAGCGCUGGAGCAUAUGAAAAGGGCUGGGUUUGUGCUUAGUGAUAGGUCAUACAGUUAUCUAAUAGAUCUUCUCUCAAAAUCUGGUUUCCAACGAGAAGCAAUGAGUGUUUAUAGGAAGAUGAGAUCAGAAGGACAUGUACCCAGCAAGAAAUGUUUUUCCGUCCUCAUGAGUUCCUGCGGGAAAAGUGGGAAAGACACAGCAAAGGUAUUGGAACUACUCGAGGAAAUGCAAAGCCUUGGCUUGAAACCCAAUGUGUAUACCUUCACAAUUUGUAUAAAAAUUCUUGGAAGAGCUGGGAAGGUGGAUGAAGCAUGCAGUUUGUUGAGACAAAUGGAAGAGCAGGGCUGUAAACCAGAUGUAGUGGCCUUCACUACACUGAUGGAUGCUCUUUGCAGAGCAGGUAGAUUAGACCAGGCAAGGGAAUUGCUGAUUGAGAUGAGGAGAAAUGGUUGCAGGCCAGAUUGCAUGACAUACAAUACCCUGAUUCAUAAGUAUGGGGAUUCUGGUGAUGUCGGUGUUGUUUGUGAGCUUUGGGAAGAGAUGGAGACCGAGGGAUGUAAGCCAGAUGUUUAUUCCUUCACUACACUUAUCAACGCCCUCUGCGCAGGAGGAAAAGUUGAUGAUGCGUUUGGAGUGUUGGAUAAGAUGAUAAAGAAUGGUUGCUCCCCUAAUUUGUACACAUACAACUCCUUGAUUGGAGGUCUCCUCAAGAGUAAUAGAUUGGAGGAAGCACAAAAUCUUUUGCGGGUAAUGCAUAUGAAAAGAUGCGAGGCCACUUCAUUUACCUACAACAUUUUCCUUGAUUACUAUGUUAAGGAAGGACAAUUCAAUGAAGCAUAUCAGCUUUUCCUGCAGAUGAAGAGAAAUAACAUCACCCCUGAUAUUGUUUCUUACAAUAUUUGCAUAGAGGGUCUUGGAAAAGCAGGGAGAGUUAGAGAAGCUAAGAAUCUCUUUGCAGAAAUGAGACAGCUUGGUUUUUCUCCCGAUAUCAUUACAUAUAACAUGAUGAUAAGAUGCCAUGGCAAGGCUGCCAAGGUGGAUGAAGCUAUUCAGCUUUUCUCAGAGAUGAUGGAAAAUGGCUGUGCCCCAGAUGAAACCACAAUUAAUAGUUUGAUCGAUUUUCUCUACAAGGCAGAUAGAGCAAAUGAUGCAUGGAAAAUGUUUGACAAAAUGCAGCAGAUGUGUUUAUCGCCCACAGUUGUAACAUACAACAUUCUGGUGGAUGGGCUUGGUAAAGAUGGCAAUGUCAAGGAAGCCAUUGAUUUACUUGACGAAAUGAAGGCAAACAAGUGCCCUCCAAAUGUUGUCACUUACAAUUCAAUCUUGAACGGUCUCUGUAAAAAUGGGGAGGUGGAGUUGGCUUGCAAAAUGUUGCAAAUAAUGGAAGCAAAUGGGUGCAAACCGGAUGAUUUUACAUGCAACAUCCUUGUUGAUGGUCUGGUUAAGGCAGAUAGAAUAGAUGAUGCUUGUUAUCUCUUCAAUCAGAUGAAGAAUAAGCUAUCUCCAGGUCUAAGCAGUUUGGGUAGUCUCCUGCCUGGGCUUGCAAAAGCUGGGCGGAUGGACUAUGGUUUGGAAUUGUAUAAGGAAUUAUACCAAGUGAGGGCAUUAGUUCCUGAUGAUGUAACCUGUGCAGCACUGAUAGAUGGCAUGGGUAAAGCAGGUCGGGUGGACGAAGCAAUCUUGCUUUAUGAAGAGAUGCUGAAUAAAGGCAUUGGUCGAGAUGUCUUUGUGGUUUGCUCUCUUAUUGAUUCUCUGUGUAAGGUAGGGAGAGUAUUUGAUGCUCAUAGAUGGUUUGAGGAAUCAAUACAUCAAGGUGUUGUUUUUGAUUCUGUAAUCUACAAUGCUCUUAUUGACGGUCUCUCUAAAGCUGACCGUUGUCAUAUGGCUUGGAAUGUCUUCAAGGAGAUGAGGAAAUUGGGCCAUACCCCAGAUGCUUUUACUUACAAUACCUUCAUUAAUGUCCUUGGGAAGGCUGGUAUGAUGGACGAAGCCUUCCAGCUGCUUGAUGAGAUGCUUGCACGAGGAUGCAAAAUGGACACAAUCACCUAUAACACACUCAUUUCAGGCCUUGUAAAGGCAGAUAGAGUGGAUGAGGCCAUGGAUUUAUAUAACGAUAUGAUGCGAACUGAAUGUUGCUCAUCUCCCUGUACUUAUAGUCCUCUUAUUGUUGGACUCGGCAAAGCGGGAAGAUUGGAUGAAGCCAGGGAACUUUUUGAAGAUAUGAUCCAAGCUGGUUGUCUGCCCAACCGUGCUGUAUAUAAUGCUCUUAUGAAUGCCUUCAGCAAGGUAGGCAAUGCAGAUGAAGCAUGCCGAUUUUUUCAUAGAAUGGUUGCUGAGGGCACAAAACCAGAUAUCCAAUCUUACACUAUUCUUAUAAAUGGCUUUUUUAUGGAGGGGAGAGUAGAUGAUGCCCUUCAUUUCUUUGACGAAUUGAAAGCUUGUGGCUUGAAGCCUGAUAUGAUUGUAUAUAGUAUCCUCAUUGAGGGAUUGGGAAAAGCCCAGAGGUGUGAGGAGGCCUUACUAGCUUUAAAGGAAAUGAAAAUCAACAAUCUUGUUCCAACCCUCCUUAUCUACAACUCCUUGAUACAUAACCUUGGAAAGGUGGGUAUGGUAGAACAUGCAAGCAGAUUGUAUGAAGAACUUGUAUCGAAGGGACUCAAACCAGAUAUUCUGACCUACAAUGCACUGAUCGGAGGCUUCAAUAAAGCAGGCAAAAUAGAUUGUGCGUAUGGGGUCCUUAAAGACAUGAUUGCUAAUGGCCAUGAACCUACACCAGGGAUAUAUGCUAACCUACCUAAUCAGUCAACUCUGGAUUCUAUGUACUUGUGAAUUUUGUGACAGAAAUUCUUUUCUCUCAGGGGAAACAUAAGUCCACUUUGUUGCUCCUUGCCUUGUAAUUAUAUCUGAUCAAAUAUCAGUAUCAUUUCUCAAAAGCUUAGGUUUUUUUCA